GACCGUGGUGCUGAUCGCCGCACGCUCGUUCAAGAGCAACACUGGCACGCACGAGCAUCAGGACGUGAACACCUCCUGAACUUGACGCUCUCUCACAACCUUCAGUUUCGUAGGGAAGCCUGAAAGAAUCGAGCAUGAACCUGAAGUGAGACGGAAGCAUUUUGGAAGUCGAAGAAUAGUCAGUAUUAAACCUGAUGCUGUCAUGGACGUUCCGGCACAUGUUUUAAUAGGAUUUGCGAACAUGAUGUCCAUCAUGAGAUUUUUACUGUAUUUCAUUUAAGAUGUUUUUAUUUGGAUUAAUUUAUAUUCAGAAUGUUGCUAUAAGCAAACCCGUUUAGAAGCAAAAGAAGAUAAAUAAAUCUAUUUGGAUUCUUGGACAUUUGAAGUGGAGAUAUGGCUCGCGUUCUUGUCCUUGUUAACUCAGUCGGACUGUUGCUCUUCGGUAGUGAAAUGUUUCUGGUGGGAGCAAACCGUCCACCUGCUCCAGUUAAUGUUUCAGUUAUGCACCUGAGAGCUGAUUCAGCAACCGUGUCCUGGGAGGUGCCUGAGGGUGACAUCAUCAUCGGCUUUUCCAUCUCUCAACAGAGAAUGGAUGGCAAAAUGCAGAGGUUUAUCAGAGAGGUGAACACCACUAGCAGAUCCUGUGUGCUGUGGGACCUGGAGGAGGAGACGGAUUACAUCAUCCAGGUGCAGUCCAUCGGCCUGUACGGAGAGAGUAAGGCCAGCAAUCGUAUCCACUUCAGAACCCUGAAGAAAACGGACCGCUUUCCCUCAAACAGUUCAAACCAAGAUGACCCGACUGUCCAAGGCCUGGAUAAAGCUCGACACUUGCAGACAGGAGAGAUGAUCAUCAUUGUGGUGGUGCUUCUUAUGUGGGCAGCUGUAAUUGCCUUGUUUUGCCGGCAGUAUGACAUAAUAAAGGACAACGAUUCCAGCAACAGCAAAGAGAAGGUAAAACCAUCCUCAGAGAGAACCACACCAGAGCACCACAGCGGAGGUCUGCUGCGGAGCAAGUUCCACCAGUCUGUGUCAUCUAUCAGCAUCAUUGAGGUGUGAUGGGAGUGUUGGGGACCUCAGUCACGCUCUCCGUCGCACCACCCGCAGUAUCUGAAUGACAGUUUGUCGCACUUUCAUCAACACACGGUCAAAAAUCCAUAAGCAACACUGCAGUAUUGGCCCACCCAUAAACACAAAUUAAAGCAAUCUAUUGGAAUUGUAAAUAACAUAUAUUGUGUAUAUGACUGGAUGUCUAUAUUUUACCAUGGAUGGAGAAUUCCCAAACCUCUUACUGCAAUAUAACAAGACUAAUUCUGGGAUUUUUUUCACUUGUAUAGGAAGGAAAUUGUAUUUUUGUAAAGGCAUUGGUGAAGUAUGACAGGGUUUCUACAAUUUAUUUAGCUUGUGUUUUGUUUAUGAAUGCAAGUUUCAUGAUCUGAUAGGACGUGUACAGAAGCAGGUCUUUAAAUUAAAGAAAUAGUAUACCCAAAAUAAAUACCCAAAAAUUAACCCAAGGUCUUGUAAGAUGCAGAUGAGUUGGUUUCUCUGUCAGAAAAAAAAAAAUAUCAACAUUACAUCUCUUGCUCAUCAAUGGAUCCGAUGCAGUGAAUGGGUGCCAUCAGAAUGAGUCCAAACAGCUGAAAAAGCAUCACAAUAGUCUGCAAGUAACUCCAAUCCAUUAACUAACGUCUUUUUGAGUGUAUUUGUAUUAAACAAAAAAUAAAUAAGAGUCAUCUAUCCAUAAUAUUCCUUUUCAAUUUUUUGUGUCAUGCAGUUUUUUACUUAGACUGAAGAGUUGUGGAUUACUUGUGGAUUAUUGUGAUGUUUUUAUCAUCUGUUUGGACUCUGGCGGCACCCAUUCACUUCAAAGGAUCCACAGGUAAGCAAGUAAUGUAAUGCUACAUUUCUACAAAUCUGUUCAGUUGAAAACUCAUUUUGGAUGGAAUGAGGCUCAGUACAUUUUCAGCAAAUGUUAAUUUUUCAUCUGAACGUAUCCUUUAUGUUGGUGUUCUUAUUCUCAUUAGUUGGUAAGUGUGGUGGAAUUGUGUCUGUUCUGCUUGUUAGAGAGAGCAGACUUAUGCUAAAUCUCUCUACUUGCAAAUAGUUUAAUUUCUUCACCUUCCAUGACAGUUUUUAUGUAUCCUAAAUAUGACUACUAAUGUUUAUUUACCUAUUUAUCCAUUUUGUUUUACUAUAUAAUGAUCUUAA